AAUAUCAUUCACACGAAUCCGGUCUUCGGAUGUUUUAGAGAUAUGAAAGGAUAACAACAAGUGCAGAAAUUGUAGCUGUUGAAUAAUUCGUUAAAGUAAUUUGAACAACAUGUCGCUAUUGCGUCGCCUGGUUGUGCCAACCUACUUGUCCCAAGCGUUGACUCGGUUUAGUUGUAAAAAUAAUGUCGACAGGCUUUUUUCAGCGUUAUUUUUACCCAAAAACGCUUAUCGAAUGGUGAGCACCACCACCACCAAAUUUGAUCUCAUGGAGUUUUUUGAUGACAAGAAAAACUGGGGCGAGGGGACUGUGCGAACUGGUCGGUCUUGGACAAAAGACGAGCUCCGGCUUAAAAGUAAUACAGAUAUUCACAAAUUAUGGUACAUUUUGCUGAAGGAGAAGAAUAUGUUGCUUACUAUGGAACAAGCUUGUAAAGAUGAGAGCGAAUUAUUUCCAAACCCUGAGCGUAUAGAUAAAGUGGCAGAGAGUAUGACGAAUUUGGAGGAGGUGGUGCGAGAGAGGAACCGAGCAUAUUAUCUUCUGGAAACGGGAACAACGGGAGAAAGGCCAGGGGCGGAGGAAGAAAACUUUCUGGGUCUUCCUGAAUAUAGUCAAUUUAAUGAAUACCCCGUCCCCAAGGAGGAGAACAAGGACUAUUUGAAAGCCAAGAGUGAGGAACCCGUAGUGCAUCCAUCCGAAAAGGCCUGGUUUUUAGUUCGGCUUAAUGAGAAGCGAAUUAAACAAAAAAGAUGGGAGAGAAGAGAGGCCAGGAAGGGAGUAAAGGAAAUCAUUGAACACUUCCCAGACGUGGACCGAGAACUUAUAAAAGAAAAAUUUCCAGAUAUCAAUGUUGAACGUGUAAUUGAGAGAACAAAUAAUAGGCAUCUCGGCAACAUAAAACCAAAAACAUUCAAAUGGAAUAGGUGCUAGGACUAUGCUAAACGACGGUAGAACAUUUAAUUACAAUUGCAUAACAAAAACAAACAAUAAAUUGAAACAUUUUAUGGCAAAAAA